CGAUGCGGUGCGAAGAAGAGUGACGCGAUCGGAUUGCUGCUGCUGCUGCUGCUGGUGUCGAAGAAUCCACGACUAUCACGCACAUCAUCAAUUAACUUAAUUAUCAGUGCGACUAUGUGAAAAAGUGUCAGUGAUAAAGAGUGUGAAUGCCUGAUCGAAGCAUGGCUCAAUCUUUAAGUGCUGCGAUUGGUUUGUUGUUCCUGAUCUUGGCAGGUGCUGUGAUACCUUCCCGUGCGCUUAUUAGUCUUAGCAACAUUACGAGUCUUAUCUACGAUGCGAAAGAGAUCAACUACGGUCACCACACGCUGCUGGACUCGUACGACUUCAUCAUAGUGGGUGCUGGACCGGCAGGAUGCGUACUGGCUAAUCGGCUAACGGAGGAUCCGGCCGUCUCGGUGUUGCUGCUUGAGAUUGGCAAGGGUGAGAUCCCGCUAUUCACUGACUCCCCACUGGUUGGGCCGAUUCUAGCCGCGACGGAUUACAAUUUUGGGUAUGAAACGGAGAAGCAGCGGUAUGGAUGUCUCGGACUGCGCGGUGGUCGUUGCAGUUGGGCGCACGGUCGUGGCGUUGGCGGAUCGUCCAUCAUUAACAAUGUGAUUUACACGCGCGGUAACCGGCGGGACUACGAUUCGUGGGCUCGAGCGGGCAAUGAGGGUUGGAGUUGGAACGAUGUGUUGCCACUGUUUAAGCGCAUCGAGACGGCCAACAUUCGUGACUUUGGUGAUAAUGGGUUCCACGGUACCAGAGGUCGGCUCUCGGUGGAAGAUUGUCCGUUCAGGUCGGAUAUCGCAAGGGCGUUUGUGAAGAGUGCCGAGUCCGCAGGCUACCGCUAUUUGGACUAUAAUGCGGGCGAUAACUUGGGUGUAUCGUUCCUGCAAGCGCACACUCGCAAUGGACGGCGAGCGACGGGCGGUAACAGCUACCUGCGGGACAUUGUGGAUCGCCCGAAUCUUCACAUCGUUACACGGGCCUGGGUCACCAAGAUCCUGAUCGAUCCGGAUACGAAGACAGCCACCGGAGUACGGCUACUCCAUAACCGCCAGUAUCACGAGGUGGACGCUGAACGUGAAGUUAUACUCUCGGCGGGAGCAUUCGAAAGUCCCAAGCUUCUGAUGCUUUCGGGAAUAGGACCUGCAAAGCAUCUGCGAGAGCAUGGCAUCAAGCUCGUCAGCGAUCUGCCCGUCGGUCGCAAGGUGUACGAGCACGGUGGCGUCUUUGGACCGAUCUUCAUCGUUCGCGAGCCGUCCGACAAUCUGGUGAGCUUCGAACAGCUGGCCAACGCUGGAGAGUUUCUUCGCUUCCGCAACGGUUCCGGACCACUGACAACGAACUCGGUCGAGAGCUUGCUCUACGUAAAGUCACCUUUUGCAGAAGAUCCCGACCCAGACUAUCCGGACGUGGAGGUAAUGCAAGCGUUCACAUCGUUCAGCUUUGACACUACGCCGGGAUCGCGUAGCGCUUACUAUCUCACCGAUCGGAUGUACAACGAGUACUUCCGGCCGUUGGCAAACACGAGAAACUUUAUGUUUCUGCCAAUGUUGCUCAAGCCACGGGCGGUGGGACGGGUCGAGCUGAAGUCGUCCAACCCAUUCAACCAUCCGAUGUUCCGAUACCAAUACUUUGAGGAUGAGCGCGAUGUCGAUGCGCUGGUGUACGCGAUCAAGGAGGUGAUACGCAUCAGUACCAAGGCGCCGUUGCGAAGGUUUGGCGUCGAGCUGUACACCCGCAAAGUGCCCGGUUGUCAGUAUAUGGCGUUCAAUACGAUCGACUAUUGGAGGUGUCACGUGCGCCACCUGACGGCGACAUUCCAGCAUCAGGUGGCCACCUGCAAGAUGGGUCCUCCCCAAGACCCCGAAGCGGUCGUCGAUAGCCGUCUGCGGGUGUACGGCAUCAAAGGAUUGCGGGUGGCCGACGUCGGUAUCAUUCCGGAGGCACCCACCGGUCACACCUGUGCGCACAGCUUUCUUAUUGGGGAAAAAGCGGCCGAUCUAAUCAAAGAAGAUCAUCGACUUCACUAAACGUGCUAAC